AUGAGCUCCAAAGUAUGUCAACAGGUGACUAAGUCUGUGGUAUUGUUUCAGAAGGCGGGUGCGUCUUCAGCGUUCGUGUGGAGUGGAGGGGGGGUGACGGGCGGUGGGGGGCAGGACCAGGCCACCGCGCAACCCGCCGCCGUGCCUACAGGCACAUCAGGCGGCGGCGGGGCCCAGGGUCUGGUGCACUGGAUGUCGGUCAUGGCGGAGCACAUGGGAGGGGGGCAUCAUGACCCCUCCCAUUACGCGCUGCCACCAUGGAACAAUGGCGGUGUUGAUCACUGUCAGCAAAAAGAUGGCCUGGAAUAUGCCACGUGGUCCCGGCCACGGGGCGCCAUGGCCAUCAAACAAGGCUACGAGGCCAAGAUGAGUACAGGAGAUGGGACAGUGGGAGGCCACCAGAAGGCUGAUGACAGGCUCGGCCACCACCAGUCUAUGAGUCAGAUGCUGUACGGAGCAGGCCUGGGACCUGGACGAUCAGGCUCAUCAUCAUCAUCACCAGUUGGAGGCACGAACACCGGCUCCGGACUCCUGGUGGUGCCCCAACCCCUCGGCAAGGGACCCACGAAGCUCCAGCCCCUGCACGCUCACGCUAGGAAGUAUCACUGCAAGAUGUGUCCUCAGGUUUUCGGCUCAAAAGCAGACCUGCAGCUGCACACCCAGAUUCACCUCCGCGAGGCGAAGCCCUACCGCUGCACGCAGUGUCCGAAAGCCUUCGCCAACUCCUCGUACCUGGCGCAGCACUCCCGCAUUCACCUGGGCAUCAAGCCUUACCGUUGCGAGAUCUGCCAGAGGAAGUUCACCCAGCUGUCCCAUCUCCAACAGCACAUCCGAACACACACCGGAGACAAACCCUAUCGUUGCACCCAGAUCGGAUGUACCAAAGCCUUCUCCCAACUGUCCAACCUCCAAAGCCACAGCCGUUGCCACCAGACAGACAAGCCAUUCAAAUGCAACUCCUGCUACAAAUGCUUCACCCACGAGAAGGACCUCCUCGAACACAUCCCCAAACACAAAGAAUCCAAGCAUUUGAAGACACAUAUAUGCCAGUAUUGUGGCAAGAGUUAUACGCAGGAGACUUAUUUAAGUAAACACAUGAAUAAGCAUGCGGAGAGGGCUGAUAAGCGGCCGCCGAUAUCUGCUUUAGGAUUGAGUGGAUUGAAUAGAUCUUUAGGAGCAGCCGCGCCUACCGCUGCGCCUUUCGGAGACCAUCCUUACUGGCCUAAGGUGAGCCCAGACUCAGCGGCGCACAUGUCUGAUGAAGGAGGUUACCAUCAGCAGCGGGAAAGCGAUGAGCAUCAUGAGCAGCAGCUUCAGCAGCAACGAGCUCUGUUUGCUCAGCAUGAGAGCCAGGACGACCGCAUCCAGCCCCCCGUGUCGUCCGCGGCGAACUCUGCCUUUACGCCAAUCAACUCGAUGGCUCCUCACCUCAACGGGCUGUCGCACCACAGCGCCCUGCCCACGCGGCCGUAUCUCUACGACCCCCUCCACUUCCAGCAAGGCAAGCAGCAGCCCAACUCCUUUCCCAACCAGCUGAUAUCCCUGCAUCAGAUCAGGAACUACGCUCACCAGCCCUCGGCCCUGCUGCCCGCGGAGCACAUCCUCCCGCAUGCGCUAUCGCACAAGGAUAAGCAGUAACUUACCGUAGGUACACUCACUAUAGUAUGUACUUAUGAUGGUAUUACUAGUUGUAUAAUUAACGAAAUAUUAAAUAAAAAAAUAUUUAGAAUCUCGCUCUCGAAGACAGUGGUAUUACGGUUUUAUCGUUAGAGAAACAAAUUCAUGUUUUUAGAAAUAAAAUUGUAUGGAUACUCGGAAUUUUGUGAGUAGAUGACAAAAUUUUAUGGGUAUGAAUGUGAUUUCGGAUUUUAUUUUCCAAUUUACGGAUUAUUGAUUAGUUUUUUUGUUUAACGGUUGUUCGUUUUACCCAGUUGAUCCGGGGGUUUGAUCGUCAAUUAGGGCUGAUGGAAAUUAUUAUUAUUUAGGAUGCUGAAUUGGUUUGGAGAUAAAAGACUUGAGAAAUCACGAUUCGUAUUGAAUUGAAAUUUUUAUAUUUGUGAUAUGGUUGUAGAUAUGAAAAAUAUUAUACCUGAAGUAUAUGUUAAUAUUUGAUGCUUUCGAUGUUUUUAUUGGUUUGUCUUUGUUCAAAUAUUUUCAGCACUUUUUAAUUAAUUAUCGAUCAAACAUUCGUAGCAACUCGGACGCAUGUUAAUUUCACUGAUUAAGGAAAAACUAAUCUUUAAUACGGCCAAAACUUAGAGGAGUCAUAUUAGAUAUCUUUUUUUAUAUUUUCUUUUAUCUGCAAUCAAAGCAUAAUGUUCUAUCGAUGCAUAACGCAAACCCAGUGAUUUAUUUUAUUGUUAACUAAUUGAUACGAAAAAACAGUUAAAAAUAACUUUAAGGACAGUCUCUUUUAACUAAGUUGUAUCUCAACACAUUAAUUUUUAGAGCAACUUUUUAUUUCUAACAUUCAAUUUCUUAGAGUGAGACUGCAUUGGAAUCUACAUAAUCGAAAUAAUUUAUUCACAACUAACAUAAUAAGUAAUAAAUAAAACAUGUUUUUAAUCAAAAAGUUCCUGAUAACAACAAGUAUUUGUAAAACAAAAGUGACUCGAAUAACUUCUACAGAAUUAUAUCGUACUUCACUUUCACUUCAGUUGCAUUUUAUAAUAUUCAUUAAGAAUAAAUAAAUAGAUCUCUUUAAUCAUCACAUUUGCACUCAGUUCCUAUUUAGAUCAUAUUAUGUAUUUUUUUAGCUUUAUCUAUUGUACAACCUAUCAUUUUUAGUAUUCUUUACAUUUAUUUUUCCAAAUUUAGAAAAUGUAUUCUUCCUGCAUUUUAAAAUGUUUUAACGAACAAGAAUUAAGUUAAUUAUUACUAAGCCUUCGGGUCGAAUAUAUUUUCUAUCGUUAAAAAUAUUCCCCAUGUGUAUAAUACAUUUAUGAGUGGCCAAAUCGCUUCUUUACGUCACACAAUGAAAGGUGCACUUUUUGUAAAUAUUUUGUAAAUACGAAUACGAUUUUUUGAGAAAAAAAUCCUUGAAAUUUAUUGAAGAAAGUUUUUUUGUUUUACUUUAUAAUAUCUAAAAGUGCUUAUGCUCAAUUAUAUUAGCCUUAAGAACUCAAGGGUAGUGGCGUACAUUCGGAAUUGUAAAGUAUUCCUAUUUUCCGUACUUAAUAGGCCCUUCGUACAUCGAUUUUUUAGACUAGUUUCAUGUAUACGAACACAGGAACUGUUGAUUUGUUUUAAUUUUUCGAACGAAUCAGCGUUAGUAGGUAAAAUUAAUAAAAAAAUGUGAUAGGAGAUGGAAUGGGGAAGAGUGACUAUUUUUGGAGGAAUGUCUAUUUUCCUUCUAAAUUAAUUUGCUAUUGAUCUUUUUAGUUAUAAAAAAAAUGUUAGGUUGUGGUUAUUCGUUAGGGGUCUGCAGGGCAAGAUGGCCGUCUGUCUGUCUGUCACAAAUUAGCCAAAUCUUUAUUUUUUCUUGUACAAAUAUGUUUUUUUUCGUUAAUGUUAAAUAACGGCAAUAAGUAUUUCUUCCGAUCAUUUGUUGUUAAGUAAGCACUAUUGUAUAUUAACUGUAUCAUGACAAUGAGCCAAGAGUUAUACCUAAUUUUUCGAACUUUGGAUUUAAGGGAAUAAAAAUCGCCAAUAUCUCUCUAUUGUAAGUAGAAAUGUGAUAUUGUAAUUUGAUUUUUUUAAGUUAAGUGUAAACUUAUUAUUAUGAAUACGAUAUUUUUGUAAGUAAUUUUUUUUUUCGUUUUAUGUUAGUUUUCGCUUUUUCUAGCGUUCUCGUUUUAAGAUUUAUAGAUGAAAAUGAACGAAAAUCAUUUUUUGUUACUUAAAAUUGAUUAAAAAUUAAUUACAACUAUGCCAAGAAUUAUA